CAGUCGACCGCCGUUGUACGUCAAAAAGAAGCGCGAUUCGCGGUUUACUUUAGCUGCCUACGAACUCGAAUGAUCGCAGAAACAAAACAAUAAUAUGUUUUGAUUUUGACUAUUUGUAAUUUUGUGACACUAACGAAGUCUUAUUUUGUUUGUAAAUAAUGCACGAAAUUAACGCAAACCAUUCAUCUUUGCAAAUGAAACUAAUAAAAAAAUAUUUAAAGUUUAAACUAAUGGAAGAUAAAGUCAAAUUCAAAGAUCACGGGAACGAAAGAAAACAUAUUUAUGAUUUAAUAACACGGUCAGUUCUGCACGGAGAGUCACAUUCUGCUCUUAUUAUUGGUCCGCGUGGUUGUGGGAAGACCACUCUCCUCAACUCAGUUCUUCAUCAGGUCUCAAAAGAAGCAGAUUUAGUAAGUGAUGCCAUUGUCAUUAAAUUAAAUGGCCUGAUACACCAAGAUGACAAAGUUGCUCUCAAAGCCAUUACUGCACAGAUGCAACUAGAAAAUGCAGUUGGUGACAGAGUAUUUGGUACUUUUGCUGAGAAUCUUAGUUUCUUACUGAGCUGUCUCAUGAGUGGAGUGGACAGAAGAUGCAAGAGUAUGGUGUUUAUCUUAGAGCAAUUUGACAUGUUCUGCCACAGUGCUCGCACGCAGACAUUGUUGUACAACCUAUUUGAUAUCACACACAGCAAACAGGCUCCUAUGUGUGUUUUGGGUGUAACAAAUCGCAUAGAUGUGAUGGAGCUAUUAGAAAAACGAGUAAAGUCCCGUUUUUCGCACAGACACAUAUUCAUAUUUCCAAAUGAAGAGGGUGAUGGUUGUGAAGCAAAAUCACCAUUGACCAACUACAAAGAAAUGCUAGUGCACUGUCUCAGUAUGCCUCUUGCCUUGGGAAGGAGAAAAGAAACGCCUAGAGUACGAAAAGGGAGAAAAUCUACAGCCAGUAUGGAAGAGAAAAUGGAUAUCGAUAUUACUUACUCCGAAUAUUCCAUACCAGACCAAGUUCUGAUCAAAUGUAGAACGGAUAUAAAACAAUUCCAAUACCUGGAAUCGGGUUUCCUGGAAGAUUGGAAUUCUCAUAUACAGAGUUUGGCGGACGACCAAAAAGUUCUUGAUUCAUUAGAAAAAUUGUGCUAUUAUACUGUCAAUGAACAAAUCUUUAAGGAUAUAUUGUUUCAAACUGUAUCAAAGCUGUCACCAUCUAAGCCAUAUAUAGACGCGAUUGAGCUAUCCAACACCAUAGAGAACACAGUGUCCCCCGAGCAGAGGGUGAAGCUUCUGCAAUCAUUGUCUAUACUCGAAUUGUCUCUUGUCAUAGCGAUGGUGCAUGGCUUAGAGAUAUUUGAUGGACAACCAAUGAAUUUCGAAAUGGUCUUACACAGAUACACAAAAUUCGCAAACACGAACUCGUCCAACCAAUCGGUACCAAGGCCAGUGGUUCUUAAGGCGUUCGAACAUCUACAGCAGCUAGAGAUAAUAAUGCCGUCCAAGGGUGCCGACCACAGCGUUAGCGAUGCCAAUACCAGCAGGGUGCAGAAAGAAUACAAGCUGUACACCCUGGCUGCGCCCAUCCAUGAUAUAAAAGAAGCCCUCAAAAGUUACAAGGCUUUGCCGACGGAAAUCAACCAUUGGUUCAACAACUCCAUAGACUAAUCACCUUUUAUCCAUAGCCACAGACAUAACAGACCACUGCUGGACUGAAGACCUUUCCUAACGGAAGAGGUUGCUCAUAUUCACCACGCUGGGCAUGCGGGUUGGUGAUCACAGUAUUUCGUAGUAGUAGCACAGAGGAUACUGCUGCCCGUUCUCCGUUAUAUUCUCUUAGUCGCCUAGUACGACACCCGCGGGAAAAGGAGGGGGGGGGACGAAUUAUUUUUUAUCUACCGUCACCACACGGCACACAUAAACUAAUAUAGGUAUUGAAGUGAUUUAUUUCAGGUAUGUAUCUAUGUGAAUUUCAAAGAUAAGGUUCAAUAACCAACUUAUUUGCCAAAUGCUGGAACAGACCAAGUUUAAUUACACUUACACUGUCCGGGGCCUCAGUUUGAUGAACACUGAGCAGCGCUUUGUAGGAUGUUCCUUGUAUGCCCUAUGAAGUUUUGUUCUGUUUAUAAGCGUUGGUAUCCCCUCAACAUCGGGUGGACCAUCUGCUUGAUUCGCCAACAAAUAAAACUAUGAAAAAAAACUUCCUGAGUGACAAUUUAUGAAAAAAAAACCGGGAAAUUCGCCAGUCGUGUUUUCUAUUUGCUGUUUUUUUUAAUUAUUACAAUAAAUUAAAAUCUAAAAGCC